AUGAAGACUUUCAUUUCUUUUCUUACUACAGCUUCCUUGGCCCUACUUUCGAGCACCGUCCUUGCUCAAUCCUCCCUCAGCGCCAAUAGCAUCUGGCAGGAUAUAGAAAACACUGUCACCUGUGCCGGCUGCGAAACCCUCCUCGUCACCCUCCAGGCUCUGGCUCAUCUGGGUAACGAUGCUUUUGUCGCUAUCAUCGCCUCGGUGUGCAUUCUCUCCGGCGCGGAAGACGCUGAUGUAUGCACCGGAGCUAUUGAAUUAGAGGGACCCAUUAUCGCGCACGAUCUUCGUGAGAUGACGAUUCCAUCCAAGACGUCUCAGCUCUUCUGUACCACGUUCUUUGGCCUCUGCGAUUACCCGGCCAUCACACCGUAUACCGUCCCCUUUCCCAAGCCCAAGCCCGCGACUUCUAGGCCGGCGGCGAGCGGAAAGACGCCAAUUCAGGUCGCCCAGUUCUCGGAUAUCCAUGUGGACUUGUCUUACACCACCGGGGCGAACUACAACUGCACGAAGAACAUCUGCUGUAGGCCGUACACUGCCUCGGAUGCUCCAGGCAAAACGGCAUACCCCUGCGGACCGAACGGAAACCACCACUGCGACUCCCCCAAGACCCUCGAGCAAUCCCUCUACACCGCCAUCGAGCAAUUCGCCCCGAACGCCGCCUUCAGCAUCUUCACCGGCGACGUAGUCGAAGGAGCCGUCUGGCUAGUAAACCAAGCCGAAGUAACCACCGACCUCCAAAACGCCUACACCACCAUGUCCGACACCCUCAAAAUGCCCGUCUACGCCGCCGUCGGCAACCAUGACGCCGCGCCCGUGAAUUCUUUCCCGCCUCAAGCGAUCAACACGACCAUCUCCAGCCAAUACGUCUACGACACCCUCUCCUCCAGCUGGAAACAAUGGAUCGGCGCCUCCGCCGCCACGCAAGCAGAUAACUACGGUGCUUACAGCUACAAGCUUCCCUCGCAGAAUCUGAGGAUUAUUUCCAUCAAUACGAAUUUAUACUACAAGGAGAAUUUCUGGUUGUAUGAGCAGACGAUUGAGAGGGAUCCGGAUGGGCAGUUGGCGUGGUUUGUGACUCAGUUGCAGGUGGCGGAGGAUGCUGGGGAGAGGGUCUGGGUGCUGGGCCACAUGCCGUUGGGGAGUGGGGAUGCGUUGCAUGAUGGGAGUUUUUACUUGGAUCAGGUUGUGAAUCGGUAUAGUGCGACGAUCGCUGCUAUGUUCUUCGGCCAUACACACAAAGGCGAAUUCCAACUCUCAUACAGCAACUACGCCGCUCAGACCGCGGCCAACGCCGUCAUGACUUCGUAUAUCUGUCCUGCUCUCACCCCGACUUCUGGAAGCCCGGCCUUCCGCGUCUACAGCGUUGAUCCAGUCACCUACGGCAUCCUAGACUACACCGAAUACAGCACAUCUCUCGAGGCCUCCACCUACCAAACCACGGGCGGCCCCAUCUGGUCACCCUACUACAGCGCCAAAGCCGCCUACGGCCCCUCCGUGGGCAUCACAGCCGCAAGCGCCGAACUAACACCAGCGUUCUGGCAUAAUCUAACCACCGUCUUCCAAGCCAACGAUACCUUGUUCCAACAAUUCAACGCGCGGAAGAGCCGUGGUUAUGGCGUGAGUGCGUGUACGGGAAGCUGUAAGACGGGGACGAUUUGUCAGUUGAGGGCGGCGCAGGCACAGUAUAAUUGUGUUGCUGUUACGCCUGAGAUUGAUUUUAAGAAGGCGAAGAGAGAUGGGGUUCAGACUGGUGAGGGCCAUGGGCAUGGGCAUGGGGAGUGUGGGGGUAGUAAGGCGAAGGAGAUUUUGAUGAGUUUGGUGGGUAAUCAGGAGGAGUUGAGGAAUGCGAUUGAUAGGAGGAUGGUGAUGAUGAUGAUGAUGUAG